CUCCGCAGCUGACAAAUAGCUCCGACCUUCGCGGCUCACACACAGCGAGUGGGCAUGAACACAGCCGGGUUCGGGAGUUUUCGGUCAACGGUUUGUUCUCGGUUCCAGAUUUGCUCUCCAGAAAUAACCAAAUCUGGUUUGAAGCAGGCCAACGCGUAAAAAAAAAAAAAAAAAAAAAAACCGCCGAGGACGCACAGAGUCGCGGAGAAGUCGGCUACCUGUACUUGUUCUUUUGCUUGCUCCAGAACCUCAGGAUAACUUUGGUCCACAGUAUUGAUCUCCGGACUAUAAAGGCGCCACAGGGGGGAAUAUGACCACUGGCCUGGGCCACUGAGGGAGUGAUAAUCGGUGUGAGCGCUCGGUGUCUGUUAAGGUGACCGCACAGCCAGAUUAUGCAGCAUCCUUUGGACAUAGGGGCGCAUUACUAUCCUCCGGAAGUUCACCCCGACCACAGAACUCAUCGCUACAGGAGUUUCAUGAUAGAGGAAAUCCUGACUGACCACCCGGAGCACAAAGCGUCGGCACCGACCGGGGAGUUCCUCAAAUUCGGGGUACAAGCUCUGCUGUCCGCCCGGCCCUUCCAUAACCAACUGGUGUUAAAAGCGGACCAGACGAGCCUCCUCAAGUUCCCCAUGUCCCCGCUGUCCUGCUCGCUGGGCUCCCCGCUCGGCCCCCCGCUGCUGACCGCGGCUCCGGGCCUGCAGGUCGGCGCGGCGUCUCACCACCUGCCGCUGGACCUGCACCUCCGCGGGAAGCUGGAGCACGGAGCCGACGGGGGCAGCAAAACCAAGAAGGGCCGCCGGAGCCGCACCGUGUUCACCGAGCUGCAGCUCAUGGGCCUGGAGAAGCGCUUCGAGAAGCAGAAGUACCUUUCUACGCCUGACAGAAUAGACCUGGCUGAGUCUUUGGGUCUCAGUCAAUUGCAAGUGAAAACAUGGUACCAGAACAGGAGGAUGAAGUGGAAGAAAAUUGUGUUGCAGGGCGGAGGCCUGGAGUCACCGACUAAACCUAAAGGCCGCCCAAAGAAGAACUCCAUCCCCAGCAGCGAGCAGCUCUCAGAACAGGAACGAUCUGUGCCCGCUGACGCUGAACAUCAGUCUGAAGGCUCAAGCUCUCACUUAGAAAACACUCAGGAGGAAUGACCCGGCCUUGGCCUGCAGAUACUCUGACUCUACAUGCAGAGCCUCCGUGACACUCGGCGUGCAUCUUCUGGAUGGGACCAGACUCCACGAUGGUGUGGAGAAGAUGUUUUACCCCAUGGUGCAAACCAAAGAUUAGCAGGCUCUGCUGAAACUGUACAAGGCCACAUCUUCCAGCAGCCAUGUGUUUUUGUCAUAGCCCUACCAUGCAUUCCCUCAUGAUGAACAUGCUGCUGCUGAGGAGGGAACUCAAACCUUUGCAGUAGGUCCACCCUUUAUAUUCUAAGGAUCCACUCUCACUCAUCUGUUUUGCAUUCCUUUUGUGUAACUGUGCUAUGUUUAAUUAUUAAAUAUAUUUUCACUAA